GCACCGUUUGGCUUUGGGUACCCUGUGCCUGUGGGAUGCCGUGACGUCACACGAAUCUUCCGCGAGAGCGGCGGAGGAGGAUGCUGAGAGGUAGCAGCAGAGGCACCAGCUUGUGGGAGGGGUAAACUUGCUGCUAGCAUGGAUUACUGACAAUCUGCACACAGAGACAAACUGAGCAAGUGGGGUAGGUGAUAACCAGCCAUGCAGUCCACAAUGGAGUUAAAGAAAUCCAUCUCUGCCACAAUGGAUGGAGAGGAAAGAGCGGUGAGACGCUAUGGGGCAGUGGAAGAAACGGAGUGGCAAAGGCAGCACCUGGAUCGAAAUCAGCUUGAUAUAAUUUCAAUGGCUGACAUGACAAUGACACCUGAGGAAAUUGAACUUGAGAUGGCAAAAAUACAGCGACUUCGUGAAGUCUUAGUGAGAAGGGAGUCUGAACUCCGAUUCAUGAUGGAUGAUAUACAGUUGUGUAAAGACAUCAUGAACCUUAAACAAGAACUUCAGAAGUUAGUAGAAGUCCCAGAGAAUGAGAAAACUAAGAAGCAAAAACAGAGGGAAGAGGAACUCAUCCUGAAAAUUCAUACAUUAGUACAGAAAAGAGAUUUCCUGGUGGAAGAUGCAGAAGUGGAGAGGCUGAGAGAAAGAGAAGAAGACAAAGAAAUGUCGGAAUUUCUUCGCAGCAAGUUGAAUCCUGCUGAAAAAAUUACAAAACCACCAGUCAGUGCUUCACAGGAGAAGAACAUGGUGCCAGAGCAGCCUUCUGCACCAACAAAGCCUUCCAUCGCGAAGACAGGCAUCGCCAUCAUUAAAGACUGCUGUGGAACUACACAGUGCAGCGUCAUGUAGCUGUGGGCCUCAGAUGCACUUCGUCAUUUUCAGUUUUUGUUUCUGUUUAUAGUAGAGAAAGACAUCUGUAGCGCUGCAGGACUUGAAUGUUUUAAAUGGCACCUUAUCCAAGAGACACAUGUGAAAUACUGUACUACACUGAAAGUGACUCCUUUACCGUUGCAUGGCUCAGUUAGUACGCAUGCAUAAAAGGAACAUUGACUCUUUCAUUGACCAGAAUUAUUUUUAAACCAGUAGAAGUAGAACAUGGACAAGCUAGCAUUAAUGUAAAACAAACUGCAACAUGCUGACGUCAGCAUUUUCUAGAUUAAGUUUGGAACCUUGGGGACAAACAUUCCAGCUGUAAAUUAAAUCUUAUUGCUGGAAUGGUGCUGUUUUGGGGUGCACCAAAAUAAUACAGGUACCUUCUUUUCAUUGUGUUACACUGUUAAUCUCUGGUAUAAUGGGAUGCAUGUCCAAGGAGGACAUGCAGUCAGCCAGUAGCACAGAUUGAUAGAAGCUAGCCUUGUGUAGCUGGGAGAAGGGGGGAAGUACAGAGUGAUAUAAUACUUUGAAUAAGUAGCCACCAUCUCUGGAAAUGUCCAGCUGUGUUCUUACUCAUGCAGAUUGUUUUCUUAACCAUUUUGUGUCAAAUUUAUAACCUUGAAUGCAUGUCACCCAUGCAUGGUCACUUUCCUAAAAAUCAGUCUGAAGAAACAAAAAUGAGUCACAGCACUAUAAAGUUGAAGCAUGGAUUCUAUAAGAAAUUAGGACCAUUUACAGGAGACAUAUAGUAUCUCUCAUCUGCUACCUGGUAAAGCCCAGCCUGUCUUUCUUUAUCUGUCUGUAUAUCUACCUGUUUUGUUUAGUUAUUUAUACCCAGGGAUCCCCUAUUGGAAAUAAACAUCUGUAUUCAGGAGUGA